AGUCUGUUUGAAUUUUGAAGUCUCUUGUUUAUUCGAAUUGGAAUCCUUUCUUUUUAAUAUAUAAUAUUUUAUAUCUUAAUAUGUUUCAAUUUAUUUUUAAAAAACUUACUAUUUUGAAUCAUGGAUGAGGAGGAUUGUCAAAGCAGAAAAGGUGGCCCAGUCUUUGAUCCACCAGUUUAUAAACAACGUUAUAAUUUUGUUGAAAAUAUUGUGCGUAAAUUUGGCGCUAAGAAGGUGAUUGACUUUGGUUGUUCUGAAGGAAAGUUGAUCAGCCAGUUAAAAAGAGUAGAAUGUGUAGAGGAAUUAGUAGGAAUUGAUAUUGAUCAUGAAACACUUGAAUUCAACAAAAGAAGAGCAAGACCUUUUUCUGCUGAUUAUUUGGAUCCCAGAUCAAAACCCUUGACAGUCAGUUUGUAUCAAGGUUCAAUUGCAGAAUAUGAUGAAAGAUUUAUCAACUUUGAUGUCAUAGCAUGCGUUGAAAUCAUAGAGCAUCUUCAUCCACCAGUUCUCAGUGCAAUGCCAGAGAUUAUAUUUGGUCAUCUCCAACCAAAAGUUGCUGUUGUGACAACUCCCAAUUCUGAGUUCAAUGUUCUUUUCCCUGACUUGAAGGGAUUUCGGCAUUAUGAUCAUAAAUUUGAGUGGAAUAGAGCAGAAUUUCAAUCAUGGGGUUUGAUGGUGGCAUCUAAAUAUAAUUACUCAGUUUCAUUCAGUGGUGUAGGUGAAGACCCUAGUGGUACAGAACAUUUAGGGAAGUGUUCUCAAAUUGCUGUUUUGGUAAAGAGUGAGGGAAAAAAUGAGAUUCAAAACCAGGUACCCCAAGAACAAACUCCAUAUGUUAAGGUAAUUUCCUGUGUGCAUCCUUUUAAAAAAGAACGAAGUUUGGAAGAGCUUCUUACAGAGGAGUUGGAAUAUUACACUUUGUUCUUGGCUGAUGAUUUUAAGAAAGAGGAGCAUUCUCGUUGCUCUGAGAUCCCUUUGGAAAGUUUUUUUGAGUUUCCAAGGAUUUCCAAAUUGACAACAGACGUGGAAGUUUUAAGGAAGGUUAUUCAAGCUAGCCCAAAACUUGAACUUAACGAUGCUCUAAACGCUGUGGUGUACGAAAGAGCUGACAAUGAAUGGCCAAGCGACGAAGAGGGUGAGGAAGGCAUCACAAAAUGGGAUUCCGAGGGUGUUGGCAACUAUUAUGAACGAUAUUAUAAACUGGACUGUCCUAAUGAUGAGGAAUGUUGGGAUAUGGAGAAUGCAGAAAUGGAAUCUGAUGAUAAGGAGAUUGAUAAUUGGUCAAAUUGGCGGUCGACGAAUAUAUCUGGUGAUUGUGAACAUCAAAGAUCUAAAAGAGAGGAAUUUUUUGCCGACAACGAUUAACGUGGUGAGAAUUUAUUUCACCAUGCAUGCAGCAGGUUUGUUAAGAUGUCUCGACAAUUUUGUUGUUCCCAGAUGAUUAGAACUAUUCUUGUGUAAACAGACAAUUUCUGGAACGAUUUUUUUUCGACAAGCUGGAACGGUAUUGCCGUGAACAAAUAUUUACCUGCUCGAUAAUUCAAGUUGACAAAGAAUCCAGCACAAGAUUAAUUCUCAAAAUCAACUUAUUUUAUGGUGGUAUGUUCACGUACAACUGUAGUCUGCAAUAUUAACUAUGACGUUGUUUUACACGAACAUUUUUACACGAACAGUUGAAAUUUUAUUUUUAUUUACAUGAUUUCAAGCCUAUGCGUGGGCUAGUCCCGGGGACAGUUUUAUUUGCCCAGCCGGCAUAAUAUACCCUGCAGAAAAUGCCAGGAUCCAGCCUGGAGGGGAUAAA